UUGUAGACAUUGACAGGAAAAUGCUUGUCUUGGUGAUAAAAUGGAUUCUGCUUAUCGUAAAAGUUUCAGAAUGUGUGAUUGAUACUUGCGACAGAAAUGACAUACUUACAUCCACGAGAGUGGCGGAAAUGUGCCAAUCAACAGCGGUGAAGAAUGAUAAAUACAGCAAUAGUAUAUUUCUUUCUCUAAUAGAGCAAGAAAAUAACUGUUCUUGUAUUGUAUCAGUAAAGAACGCAAAAAACCAUGUAGACCUGUCUAUCAAACGACUUAACAACCUUACAGAACAGUUAUCGUGUGGAAUAGAAAUAGAUAUCUAUUUCAUUAGACCAAACCAAAUUAAUCUACUUGACCAACUCGCUACUAAAUGUACCAGUGAAGAGAAUACGAAACGUCUUUCUAUUUUGGAUAUUGAGUAUCUACAGUUCAUAUCCAGAGUAGUAGACGGAAAUUUUUCAAACGGAUACUGCAUACAGAUAGAAAUAGAAAACAAGAAAGGCAAUAAUGAUAGUUUUCUAGAAAUAUCAUGCGAUAAUCAGAAACUUACGACUACAACAGUUACCCCAAUACACGCUCAGACAACUUUCAGCGAUAUAACAACAAACCCUCAGACAACUUUAAGCGAUAUAACAACAAACCCUCAGGCUAGUCUCAGCGAUACACCAACCCAAACUCAGACAACUCUCAACGAUUUCAAAUCUUCGGAACAAAUUACAUCAUUAAUGUCAUCUACGACGCCUAUGAUUGAUACAUCCAAAAUAAAUGACAAGACUGAUUCUGAUGGUGACAGUACACUUUAUAUAGCUAUUGGAGCAGGUGGUGGGUUUGUUUUAUUUGUAUCAUUACUAGUACUGAUUGUGUUAUGCAAAAGGAGAAAGUCGCAUUCUGGUAAAGGGAAAAACAGUGCAAACUGCAGAGCUUCCUCUGCCGCCGACAACGAUGACGACGAUGGUCUGAAAUACAAUGUGCUGUAUGUCUCGUCCGAACGACAUGACGAUAUCGAUGUUAAUUAUUCUACUGCAGAUGGAGAUAUACCUAGACAUAUAAGUGGUGAAGACGAUGGUGAUUAUAGUACAGUUGACGACAACAGAAACAUUCAAGAUUCAAGUCUAUAUACACAUCAAGUCACCAAUACUGCUAUAGAAGUCAAUGAAGAUAAUGGCGUUGAACAUAUAAAUGCCCCUACAGAAAGUGGUUGUAUGUAUGCAGUUGUAGAUAAAAGUCAUAAAACAAAUAGCUCUGUCAAAAACAUAGAAACAGCUUCUACAAGUGCAACGUAUGCCGUCGUGAACAAAAGUAGAGUAACACAUCCUGAUGAAGGGAAUAAAUAAUUAAAACAGAAUAUAUAGAUGCUCUACCUUCAGAUUGUUAGUUAAACUUAAUAUGCUUAACUUUGUAUUACCAAAAAUAGACAAAAUAUGAUGUAAAACUAUAAUAUUACCAUAUGGUAAACAAUUACUUAACAUCAAAGCAGUAACAUUGUUUGCAUUGUAGUCAUUUCGAUAUACAUGUGUCUUUUUAAUAGAGCUCAAACGAUUAUUAUAUUUUAUUUCAUCGUUCGUCCCACUGUCUGUAUCACUCUGCUUAGCUCUUAAUAAAAUUGCAUAUCACGGC